AUGCCAGCUCACCAGCUAGCCGGCCCCAUGGCGCUGGUGUUGAUGAUUGCACUGAUGCUGGCGCAGGCACAGGCCGACUCGGCCUGUGGACCUGAGCAACCGACCGUGGAACUAACAUUCAGCUCGGCCACGCAGUUAUCGGUGCAAUUUGACACCUGGGAUUUGGACCGUCAUGGCCAACAUUUUUUCGUCAAUGCCACCGACGAGCUGGCCUCACCGCCCGACCACGGAGACCGCGCCCGCGCCCGCCGCGAAGGCCCGGCAUCCAGUCGUCAUAACAUCUGCACCCUUUUUUUCGACUUGGACGCCAGCUUCGUGACUCAAUGGCAAGGCGAGUGCCCCAACAGCUACUCGAGCAGCGACUGUGCCGACCUGCGCGCUGGUCGCCUGGUGGCCCGUGCUGCAGACCUUCUCCAUCAAGCCAAUUACAUGUACAGUGCCAGCGGCCUCAACAUUCAGUUCCAGCUUGCCGGCGUUUCGCAAUUAUCCACCUCUUUUACCACCUCCACUCAAAGCGCCUCUGAGGUUCUCAACAAAUAUCAAUCUUGGCUCGUAACUGGGGGCAGCUUCUCCGGCAACACCUACACAGCUGCUUCCGUACGACCCGACGACGAGCCCCUGACCUUCCAAGAUGUAUGCACAAACAUCUUGCUAACGCACGUCAACACGAAGAAUGUGGCUGGGCGGGCCAGCCUGGCGAGUACCGCUGGCAACACCGUCGGUGGCAUUUGUGAAUUUCGCGUGAUCAAAAGCACGCCACGUGCCACCAACACGGGUUAUGUGACGACCCUUUUGGAAUUUGGCGUGCCCUCUUGGACCACGGUUGCGAUUACCUUGGCACAUGAGCUGGGUCAUAAUCUAGGCGCCUCGCACGACUGUUGUGAUAGCGAAGAUGCUAGCUGUGACACAUCCGUGUACCCGCUCUGCAGCAGCACCGCCGACCACCGAUGUGUCCGUACUGCUGCAAACGGUGGCCGCUUUCUCAUGUAUCCCUCGACGAGCUCGACCAGCAGAAACUCUGUCCUUCUUUCUCCUUGCUCCAUCUCCUCCAUCAACACCCUCAUUGCGGCCAAGGGCGCCUGCCUUGAGAUUCCCAACGCUUGUCGCUUUGGUGGACCUUGUUGCUUGAGCAUCGAAGGAGCACUCAAGCCAGAGGGGACCCUGUGUCGUGCACAAGACCCCCUUCAUCCAUGCCAGGCCGCCGCCCAAUGCGACGGUGAGCAUGGCUAUUGUCCUCUGGCCGUUAAAGAAGAUGAUGCAUACUGUUUUGGCUCGGAUGAUACCCAUGGGGUCUGUCUGAGCGGCACCUGUUCCCACCCGCACGACGGUUUUUGCGACGCCAACCUCAACAACAACGGGUGUACCUUGCCCAGCUUUCCCUGCGUCCGCACCUGCCAAAACCCAAGCAGCUCAGUCUGUGCGGCCGUCUCCCGCUCAUGUCAGCUCCCCAGCACGCCGUAUUUCAGUUUGCCUGAGUGUGACUACUCGGCUCAGGGCACGUACUGCAGCACCGCCUCAGGCACAGAUGGUCAAUGUGACGGCAACGGAGUUUGCAAUGCUUGCCCCGUGGGUGGUUGUGCCUACGAGACGUCUGACACGGCCUGCGCCGAUUCCUGUGCUACCAGCACCAACCCUUGCCACAUCACGCCCGGGGCUUGUGUGGAAGAUCGGUGUAUCUUUGAUGUCCAGCCCGACGGCACUGUGUGUCCUGGUGGACUCUGCUCUGCGGCCGUGUGCGUUGAGCCCGACGACCAGGGUUGCCUGCCUUGGUCUCAGUGGGGUGAAUGCCUAGCACACGGGCGGCGUCGCACGCGUGCUGCUGGUCCUGGUAACUGCUCAACCGCGCAAACAGAAACUUGCGGCGGCGUGACGGUCACGCUGCGCGUGGACCUCACUGUUGCAGAGCGCGAGACUCUGCUUAAGCUCGUGCGCUCUGGCGGCGAGGUUGCCGACGUGUACGAGCUUGAGCAUGCCUAUGAUAGCGGUGUUACCACCAUUGUCUACGCCUCGGAAUUGGUCUCGGACUGGGAGCUGUAUCAGCGCCUUGAUAGCGUCUCCGAUGCCAUUCAGAACUCUGACUCGCGUUACAGCACAAUGACCGUCAUUGCGCCUGUUGAUGCUGCCAAUACCACGCCAGCUGGAUCCACAGGCAAAUCGGGCGGUAACGUGGCUGGCAUUGCUAUAGGUGUUACAGUAGCCGUCUUGCUCGUAGUGGCCCUCGUGGGCUUCUUUGUGUGGCAACGCCAACGACAGGGCCGUUCCAGCCCCGGCCGAGGUCAUGCAGCUGGCACCAGAAAGCUUGAGAAUCAAAUCUCCAGUCCCAUGGAGACAGCGCUUCACACGUACCCGACCCCCACCGCCAGCCCGAAUGCCAGUGUGGCCACGAGUAUGACGACAUCAACUGCACCUGCACCACCGACCCCCGCUCGUCCUCAGGCCCCCGCUCGUCCUCAGGCCCCCGCUCGUCCUCAGGCCCCUGCUCGUCCUCAGGCCCCUGCUCGUCCUCAGGGCGCCAUUACAUUGACACCGACUCGCACCGCACCCGCAGCCGCACCCGUGUCCCCACGUCCUGCCUGGCGGGCUGCCACAGCGUCUUCGGCCUCGCCAGCUCAAUCCCACACCACGGCCCAUGCCAAGCCUGCCCCAACGCCAAAGCCAAAACCAAAGCCAAAGCCAGCCCCAAAGCCGAAACCAACUGUUGUAUCGCAACCAAAGCCCCAUACUACUCAAUCAGCAUCAGACGCGAUGCAAGCCACGGUUUUGUACGACUACGCUGGCACGGAUGCGACCCAACUCAGCGUUCGGGCCGGGGACAAGGUCAACCUUGAAUCUGAUGCGCCUCAAAACGACUGGUGGUUUGUGCGUCAUCGCGGCCAAGCAGGCUACGUGCCGGCAUCCUACCUUCGCCCCCUCACCACGCCAGCAGCGGCGCAGCGGCGCCCGACUUUAUCACUGCAAAAUGCCGGCCACACAGAGGAAAGCUCGACGGAUGACGCUCCAGCAGGAGCCGUGCGUGGGGCACGCUUCGUCGUCAUGGCGGCGGUUCCGCCCUGGGCGAAGCGUAGCGGCUAUCGCGGCACGGACAAGCCCACUUCAUCGGCGUUUGCCAAAGACGGUGAUGCUUCGAUCAAAAUGACCACAAUCCCAGCGAGCCGCUCCCACUACGCCACCCCGGAAGUCAGCGCCGAGGCUGUUGAAAGCAGGAAGCUGCGAGCCCCCGGUUGGCAAGACGUGCCACCACCGGCACCUGUGCGACAUCAAAGACCCGUAGCCGCUGCAGCCAAUCCUCUGCUGCAGACUACGCAGAGAGCUGAAAUCGCGACCCAUCUAGGAUCUGAACAGCAGGCUCCAAUUACUGCGGGCAUGCGCUCCGUCGUGGAUCAGCCUUCGCCCUCGGCCCAACAGAAGCUGCCCCAUCAGCAAAACACCUUUCGAUCAACGCUGAAACUCAUGUGA